UUUCUUUUGGCGGUGGGAAUCUCUCUGGUGGUCAUUAUAAUAGCAGUUUACUGCCAACACAAACAAGAGCAUCGUAUGUUAAGUUUUGUGGGAGGUUCACCAACUUUAUCAAAAAGUGCUGUAGGACCACUGGCCUCAUUCUGUACUUGAUCAUAUCAACAGCUUCAUUUCUCAGCCAAACCAACCAUAGAACCAUUGCUAGCCCCAUAGGAUCCAUUAUCACCAAGAGCCCAUUUGCUACAGCUUUCAGUAAUAUUUAUCUACUGAGGAGAUCGUUGAGGCAUGGAGUCUGUGUCCAUCCCCGUGCUGAUUACUGGACUUGUUGAUUGUGUAGCCCAGUUAAUAAGAAUAGCUGAAGAGCUUGUACAGCUGAUUGCACAAGAACAAGUUCCUUGUGUAGAGCCAAAUUGUGUAGAGCAAAAUGAUAGAGCAGAAGAGAUAGAAGUGGGUGCAUCUCCUGAGGAAUCUUCGCUCCCAGACCUUGCUGAUUUCUCAGACUUAGACUCAAUACUUACACCAAGAGAAGAUGAAGACCUAAUCCUUGACAUAGAUCAAGCGAUGUUAGAUGUGGAAGACUUAUAUGAAGAUGUACUCUCCAGUGUAAAUGAGGACCUAAGAAGUGGUUAAGACCUAAUUGGCCCCCAG